AUGGAAAUUGAUCUACAGCGCGACUGGCAAGGUCACGUUUCCUGCACCCACGGGACAAAUUCUGCGAGGGGCGUUGCGAUUUUAAUUAGCUCGCGCCUAGAUUACAAAGUUAAAGAGACAAAAAGAGACAAUGAAGGUCGUGUUUUGAAUCUUGUAAUUGAAAUGGAUGAGCAAACGAUAAACUUAGUGAAUGUUUACGCUCCCAACACCGACACUGAACGGCGGACCUUUUUCUUGACUUUAGAGCCCUUUAUUUCAAAGGAAUACGAAAACAUAAUUGGCGGUGAUUUCAACUCUAUUAUGGACAACAGGCUGGAUAAACUUGGUGGAGAUCCAAAUUCUCGACAAGCCGCAACUUAUUUUCUGCGUACGUUUAAUGAGCGUUACGAUCUAUGUGAUAUUUGGAGGGAGCGACACAAGGGUGAGCGGAAUUAUACGUGGACUGGCCGUAUGACUUCUAACCAUUUAUUCAUUCGGACAAGAAUUGAUUUUUUCCUUACUAGCCGCGCCUUGAACCAGUUUAUUACCGCCGUAGAUAUUAAACCUUACGCACAUUCCGAUCAUGAUUGUAUAACGCUGUCAAUUGAUUUUGAUAAGAUUCACCGUGGACCUGGCUACUGGCAUUUUAAUAAUGAUUUGCUUACCGACGUUGUAUUCCAGACGGAGAUUGAGCGGUUUUGGACCGGUUGGCAGGAAGAAUUUAAAAACUUUUCCGAUCCUCUAAAAUGGUGGGAUAAAGCCAAACAAAACUUUAAGAUUAUAGCCAUCAGGCAAGCCAAGAUUAGGGGUAAAUUGCUUCGCCACGAACGUUUUCAGUUAGAGAAUAAAUUAGUACAUUUGCAAGAGCGAGCGAAGAAUGGCACGACACAGGAUAUAGAACAGUACCUCCUUACGAAAGAAAAGCUUAAGCAGUUAGAUUUGAAAGACCUGGAGGCUACCAAAAUACGUGCAAAAGCUCAAUUUAUGGAGGAAGGAGAAAAAAGUACGCGUUACUUUUUUUCUUUG